GCCAAUCGCUGCGGCUGUUGUUGGGAGGCGGCGGGGUGACAUUGGGGGCGCGGGCAGGACGGCCGGUACCGGCGCGGCCGCCAUCAUGCUGGCGGCGCUGGGACGCUCGGCGGCGGCGCGGCUCCUCCGGGCCGGGGGCGGCGGCGGCGGCGGCGGCGGCGGCGGCGGCGGCGGCGGCGCCGCGACCGGGCUGCGGCACGCGGGCGGCGGGGUGCACAUCGAGCCGCGGUACCGGCAGUUCCCGCAGCUGACGCGGGCGCAGGUGAUCCGGAGCGAGCUCUUGGCCGGCUUCAUGUGGUUCUGGAUUCUCUGGCACUUCUGGCACAGCUCGGACAUGGUGCUGGGUCACUUCCCCUACCCCGACCCCGCGGCGUGGACGGACGAGGAGCUGGGCAUCCCCCCCGACGACGCGGAGUAGGCGCUGCCCGCAGCCCCCAGGUUGUGUGGUGAGAUCCCUGGAACUACAGCUUUGGCUCUUCUGUCCUUGUUUCAAUAAAUAUUAAUUGUAAACAAACUCUAA